GCGUGGGUCUCCUUCUCUCUCAUUAGAUAUUGGCUAUGGUGAGACGUAGACGCCACGUGGAAAGCGAUGGUAAGGCUGUCCUCGUGGCCAUGACCAUGGGGCGAGAGGUCUCCCGAUUGGUAUCCUUCGCGCUGGUCAUAGUGUGCUUAUGCACUUCCAGCAUAGAGAGUCGAAGCGACAUCGUUGGACCGUCGAGCGGCGAAGGCAGAGGAGGAGGAGGAGGAGGAGAAGACGUGGGAGGAGGAGGAGGAGGAGGAGGAGGAGACGGAGGAGGAGGGGGAGGAGGUGGAGGAGGAGGAGGAGGAGGAGGCAGACGAGCAGAGUGUUUAUGCACUUCCGGCAUAGAGAGUCGAAGCGGCACCGUCGGACCGUCAAGCGGAGAACGGAGAGGAGGAGGAGGAGGUGGAGGAGGAGGCAGACGAUCAGAUAGAGUAGGAGAGGGAGUGGGAAGAGGACGUGGAGCAAGUGAGCGGCAGGCAGUGUCGUCUUCAGCACGGCGAGAGUUCGGUUUGCCGCGAAUCCUUCCCACUCGCUGGCGACCUGGGAAGAGAUCUGGAAGCAGGUCCCUUCAGUGGCUCGCAACGCCAACGAAUCUAACUGUUCGUCGCGAUGAGCCACUCUUUGUAAAGAGCAGCGCUGACACUGUGCUAAGGCAAUGGCCAGCUUAUCCUUUCGACGUCCUCCUGCGCGGGAGUCAGCUGUGUGUCUCUACCAUCCAAAGCAUGGUGCUUGCUCGGAAUGAGACGGUUCUAUAUUACGUGCUUGAGGAGGUUUGUGUGGAGAACACCACCACACAGGCAGUCGUGACCAAACUACGCAUGUCGAUUAGGAAGGCUAAUCUCGGCGCACGCCAGCGGGGCGCGGCAGUAGGGGGAGGAGAGGUGCUGAGUUACUGGUGGCCGGCCAGCUCCCCGAGCGGACAGGCACCUCCGUCGUCCGCCAUCGCCGAUCCCCGGAAUCAAGCGGCGGAGGCCAUGGCUUACGUGGCGGGCCUCGAGCUGACGAAGUCGGGCACCCACCUUGUUGUGUGCACCUACUCGAACGCCAGCAAAUCGACGAUCACCUUCCUGGAUGUUACACGUGGCAACAGGCUGGCGCUCAAGACCGAUGCGAACAAUCUCAGAGCUGUCGCGAUUGAUCCGAGCAAGGGCUACCUGUAUGCUGGAGAUGAAACCGAACCCUUGAGUAUUCUCUCGGUCUUGAUGCCGCCUGGCGAUGGCGGCGGCGGCGUUCCCGGUGGGAAUAUAACGGAUUUCAUGACGGUGAAGACGUUCCCGAAGGGUCGGGAUCCCAACGUAUCGGAUAUGCGAUUCACCGGGCGCAGCUUCGAUCCCGAGGGGAGGUGCGUGUACUUCACCGACGGUGUCGGCAAUCAACUCUGGAGCUUGGAUCUCGACUCUUCUCCGGGAACCGUGACCAACGUGUGCGGGUCGGGCGGGAGCGGAGGGCAGGAUGGCGACGCCUCCGCGGCGUCGUUCAACAGUCCCACGGAGCCCGUCGUUACUAGCGACGGUUGCAAUCUCUUCGUCGCGCAGUCUGGCGGGGCGCUGCGCUGGAUUGCGCUCGAGUCGCCGUGCGGAAGAGCGCGCACAGUGAGUACUGUGGGGAGAAUUGGCGGGGUCGGAAUCCGAUCUCUAGCCUUCUAUUUCAACGGCUCCGUUGGGAGCCUGUACCUGGGCUCGAACGACGGUAAGGUGCUUAGGCUAGAGGUGAACAUGAGCGCGUUGCACGUGUGUGACUCCGAUCCCCCGACGGCGGCAAACAGCCUUAGCUCCCCCUCCGCGGGAAUGUCGCGCUCGAGCUCCGACACACCAGUCGAGAUCGAUCAGUCUCGCGAUAACAGGUCAGGCCUCAAGGCGAUUGCGAUCCUUGUCCCGAUCGCCGGUGUCGCGAUCCUCGCUGUCGUGGUUGGAGGCGUCUUCUUCGUGCGCUGUCGUAGGCGGCACGGCCCGCGGUCGUCGUGCUCGGCCACGCUCUCCUUCAUCGUCAAAUCAACGGUCGGCGGAGGCUGCGGGCAGGACGGCGGGCUGCAGCUCCCCACCGCGCGCGAGUUCUCGCUCGCGCAAGUCGCCGCUUGCACGCGCAAUUUCGAACCCCAUCAUCUCAUCAGCGGGUACAAGGGGGCGUUCGGGGAGUCGUACUGGGGGAGGAUUGGAAACCGACACGCUGCUAUGAAGGUCAUACAUGGCUUCCUGACGUCUCCUAAGCGGCGGCAGUUCGUGUCGGAGGUGAAUGCCCUCAGCCGUCUCUAUCACCCAAACCUCGUCGAGCUCAUAGGCUACUCUCAGGCGGGGAACAGAUCCGUCCUGGUCUAUCAGUUCUUCACGGGGGGCAGCUUGCAUGUCCGCCUGCACGACAGGGCGGGGAUGCGCGGGGGACAGGCUCCCCUUCCGCCGCUGACGCUGAGCGAGCGGGUGUCCAUCGCUUCCCAGAUCGCUAGCGGGCUGAGCUAUCUUCAUCAUGUGGCAGAUCCGCCGGUCAUCCAUGGGGAUGUCAAGAGCAGCAACGUUCUCUUGACUGGAGGAUCUGAGGAGAAUCUUUACGCCGCCCUCUCCGAUUUCGGAUUGACUACAAUCCGGGAGCAUGUAUUUGGAGCGACGCAGGAGACUGUUGUGGCGACGGCGUGCGACGCUGGCACGCACGGCUAUAUGGCGCCGGAGUACUUAAAAGGAGGUGUCUGGACAAGGAAGAGCGACGUGUACGGUUUCGGGGUCAUCGUGCUCGAGCUGCUGAGUGGAAGGAAGGCGGUGACACCGCGAGAUUCAUCUUCGGGAGGAGGGUGGGUGACGAUCGUUGAUUUGGUCAAUGAGCUUACUGAGCGUCCGCAGCUCGAUCUCGCAUGGGCCAUGUUGGAUGAUUACCUGCGGGCGGACGUCGCGAGCAGCCUUGCAAACGCGCUCUUAGUGCGGGAGCUGUUCUGUUUGGCAAAAGAUUGCGUUCAGGAAUCCGAAGAGAGCAGGCCGGCGAUGGACGCCAUCCUUCAGAUGAUCGGGAACAUCGUUACAAAAGCGGCAAGCCCAUUCCGCAGCUAAGUGUUUGUUUGUGUGUGUGUGUGUGUGUGUGUGUGUGUGUGUGUGUGUGUGUGUGUGUGUGUGUG